ACUCAAUUUUAUCUAGACAAAUAAUAAAAUGUCAUCAGUUAUUGAAGCUGGAAAAGGCGUCAUACUUAGAAAAGGGAAAAAUUUAAAAUAUGUAUGUGUAUCAGACAAAAAGGUGGAAAAAAUGGAAAAAUUCCUCUUCUCGUGCAAAGAUAUGAUUGGUAAGCCUUAUGGAACAGCGUUUAAGGUUAUCGAUAAGAAAUCAUUAGAGGUUAUUGAUCCAGUGUUAGUGGAGGAACAUGCUGAAGAAUACGAAAAUAAUGCUUCGAUAAACCACGACGAGAUAACACAAGAUAAUCGGAGUAUAGUUGACAACCCCGAAUCGCAGAAACUUUCCAAGGAUGAAAUUAUGUCGCUACGAGACACAGGUAAGACUGGGGAGGAAAUUGUUCAAACGCUUGUUGAUAAUAGUGCCACAUUCAAAGAUCGAACCGAAUUUUCAAAAGCGAAAUACAUCAAGAAGAAGAAGAAGAAAUAUUUGGCACAAUUUGUAGCUCUGCGGCCGUGUGCAAGACUUUUGGCGGAACUUUAUUUCUUUAAAAAUCCCAACAAGAUCAUGGAUUUACGUACCGAUAGUUUAGCGCAAGUGUUAACGUGGAGCAACGUGCAAGCGAAUUCGAACGUGCUACUUAUGGAGACGUGCCAAGGCUUCGUUGCAGGCGCGGUAAUGGAAAGACUUGGUGCAGGUGGUAGUAUGGUGCAGAUAUAUCAGGGUUCCUUUCCUGUCCGAAUUAUAUUAGAACAGUUUAAUUUUUCGGUAAGCGAGAGAAGAGAAAAAUGCUGCUGUUUUCCUAUGGAAAAGAUAGCAUGUUUGGAAGAACUGUUCGCUACAUCACAAGAUGACGGUGAAUUGUUGGAGUAUAUAUUAGGUAAGAAUUCCAUCACUGAUAAAAACGAUCAAACUGAAAAACCCACCACCGACACAACAUCGACUGUCGAAGUAAGUGCCGACACAAAGAUGGAGCCAACUGUCGACAUGAGUGUAGACACAAAGAUGGAGCCAACUGUCGACAUGAGUGUAGAUACGAAAAUGGAGCCAACUGUCGAUAUGAGAGUAGACAAGACGGAACAAACUGGCGACCUUAGUGCAGACGUCUGUAUGAGUGUAGACACGAAGACGGAGCCGAAUCCAACAGAGAAGGAGUAUGAAAAGAGCGGCACGGAACCAAUCAGUAACGCACACGUGAAAAAUUCGAAUCUAAAACGUAAACACGCGGAGGACGGUGAAAUAAAUGAAAACAAAUAUACAAACCGAGUUGCGUUCAUAUCGAAAGAAGAGCGAGCUACGGAGUGUCUGCGAGCAUUGUCUCAUUUGCGUUCGAAAAACUUCGACUGCUUGAUUAUCGUUGCCAAAUACCACCCUAAGUCAUUACUUUUAGCGUUGCUGGAAUUCCUACCGAUUGCUAUGCCGUUUGUGGUGUACUUCACCCACCAAGAACCGCUAGCGGAGUGCUACAUAGCCUUAAGAGAUAGAAAAAUUGCUGUGAAUUUAGAAUUAACAGAGACUUGGUUACGAAAUAUUCAAGUUUUACCGAAAAGGACACAUCCGGAGAUUGUGAUGAGCGCUACUGGAGGAUAUAUAUUAAGAGGCAUAAAAGUUGAUAGCACGUCAUAACUUUGUAUUAUUGUUUAAAAAUUAAAUAUCCUCCAUAGCUCUAAAUGCAAAAGAGGGCGUACUUUUUUAAGAAGAGAUAUUUUAUUGGAAAA